CCGGGGGAACCGCGCAGUCUGGGCUCAGCUAUCCCUCGCUGGCGGAGAGUGAGGGCGGUGCGGGGCAGCUCCGCGGGCACCUCCGGGUCGCUUAGCGGCCGGAGACGUGCCCGUCUUUUUCCCUUGCAGGGCGGCGGAGACCGGAAGGCGGCAUCCGCAGCUGGCAAGGCCCGAGGGUCCGCAGCCCACCGAGCCGAGCACAGCAGGCAGUCAACGUCGAAUCCGAACUUGAAUUCUGUGCGGCUGAUUGCAGAGCUGGUAGGCCGACGACUUCCCGGGUCUUGACGCCCCAAGGUCUCGGAUCGGCGACCCCCGGGGGACAGAAGUCGGCUGUUCUCCCGGAGACGAGCUUUCUCGCGGAGGCCACUGGUUGCAGAAGCUGGAAGUGAAAUAAAGGUGCGCGCGCGCCCGUUCCUGCGCUCCACCCCUUCGGAGAUCGGCGAGCCCCCCAGCACCCCUGCAUCUUAGGCUUUUCCACAAAGCCUGAGCAUCUUGCUGUGUCCCGACACCCCGAUCGUCGUCAGUCAUGGCUAGCAUGAUGGGGCGCGUGGGUAGUAGCCGGCGGCAGAACGCACCCUUGCCGCCAUGGGCCCAUUCCAUGCUCAGGUCCCUGGGGAGAAGUCUCGGCCCUUUAAUGGCCAGCGUGGCCGAGAGAAACCUGAAGGUGUUCUCGGGGAGGGUGGUGCCAGCCCCGGGGGAAGAAACCUUUGAAAACUGGCUGAUCCAAGUCAAUGGGGUCCUGCCCGAUUGGAAUAUGCCAGAGGAGGAAAAGCUCAAGCGCUUGCUGAAAACGCUGCGAGGCCCCGCUAGGGAGGUCAUGCUUUUGUUGCAGGCGGCCAACCCCAAUCUGAGUGUGGCCGAUUUCUUGCGCGCCAUGAAACUGGUGUUCGGACAAUCCGAAAGCAGCGUGUCCGCUCACAGUAAAUUUUUUAACACCCUGCAGGCGCAAGGGGAGAAAGCCUCCCUUUAUGUGAUCCGUUUAGAGGUGCAGCUCCAGAACGCUAUCCAUGCAGGGAUCAUAGCGCAGAAGGAUGCAAACCAGACCCGCCUGCACCAGCUCCUUUUAGGGGCCGAGCUGAACGCAGAUCUGCGCUUUAGGCUGAAACAGCUUCUCAGGAUGUAUGCAAAUGAGCAGGAGCGCCUCCCCAAUUUCCUAGAGUUAAUCAAGAUGGUCAGGGAGGAAGAGGAUUGGGAUGACACUUUUCUGAAACAGAAACGGCCCAAAACAUCUGAGUCCACGGUGGAGAGGGCCACCAGCCCGGUGGACUUUCAGGACUCCCCGAUAGUGGUCGGCAGCCCCGACUGCAACGUGAUAGAGAUAGAUGAUGUCCUUGAUGACUCAGACGAGGAUGUGAUCCUGGUGGAGUCUCAUGACCCUCCACUGUCAUUCAUGGCCUCUCCUGUCCCCAGACGCAGGGCCAGACCUCGGGAUCAAGUGCUGGUCAUUGAUUCCCCUAGCAGUUCCCAGGCUCCGUCUCCUUCCACCAGUGGGGGUUCCGGCGGCCACCGUAAGAAUGAUGGUCCUGGGCACCUGCGUAGAACCCGGAAGCGAAAACACACAAUCCGCUGCUCCUAUUGCGGCGAGGAGGGCCACUCUAAGGAAACCUGUGAUAAUGAGAGCGAUCGGGCCCAGGUGUUUGAGAAUCUGAUCAUCACCCUGCAGGAGCUAACACACACAGAGCAGGAGGGGCCACAAGAGGCCCCUGAGGACCAAGAUGAGGACGACCCUUCUGAGCUGCAGUGAUAGGGGUAGCCCCUAGCCUUAAAGGAAUCCUGACCCGUAUUCCAUAUUCCGUGUCCAGCAACGGGACAACUGGGGAGGGGCGCUUCUAAUUGCAUGAAUCCACCAAGCAGCUUUCUUUUUGGAGUGGCGUAGAAAGAAAGGGUCUUGGAUACCAGCACAGUGGAAGGAGACAGCCUGACCUCGGUCCUUGCUUCCCAGCCCCGCCCCCUGCCUAAGGGUCUGUAUUCUUUGUGUGCCCAUUUCCUGGGGAGGGGCGCUUCUAAUUGCAUGAAUCCACCAAGCAGCUUUCUUUUUGGAGUGGUGAAGAAAGGGUCUUGGAUACCAGCACAGUGGAGGGAGACAGCCUGACCUCUGUCCUUGCUUCCCAGCCCCCGCCCCCUGCCCAAUGGUCUGUAUUCUUUGUGUGCCCAUUUCCUUGAUCGCUCCGCUCUCUUUGUGAAAGUGGCAUAAUUCAUCAUUAAAUCUUCAAACAAUAAAGAAACAUACCAGAAAGUCAAAUACAAGUUACCCCCAACUUUCCACCCUGAUCUAACCAUAGUCAGCCCUUUGAUGAAUGUCCUUCUAGAUACUUCCCUGUACCUGUGUACCCAGAUAGAUCUAUGUGUAGAUCAAAGUGAUCAAAUAUAAGUGCUGUUCUAUAGUCGGUAUUUUUUCACCAGACGAUCUAUGUUGUGGGCUUCUGUGUCAAUAAAUAUAUAUCAGCAUCGA